AUGUUCUCGACAUUUGUCUCCUCUGCUUGGCUCUUCACCCUCCGUCUCAUCGCGCUUUACCGUAGGAACCGGUAUCUGGUCUGGUUCAUGUAUGCGUUCUUCUUCGCCACCUAUGCCGCGUCCUUUGGCACUCUGACCGCGGCCCUGGUCACAUAUCAUAAGACCGUCGCAUAUUUUGAGAUUCUGAAUGCAUGCGGUGCUACCGAGGCAUCGCACACUUUUCCGGCCUUGUUCUACGCUCCGGCCGCGUAUGAAGUUUUCAUUUUCGCCCUUACGGCGUGGAGAGCGUAUCAAGACGCGAGUUUGAUCUCUGGAGCGCCAUUUAUGCGGGUGUUAUACCGAGAUGGAGUCAUUGCCUUUCUGGUCAUGACUGGAGUUCGCGGUUGGAAUAUUUGGAUUUACGUGUCUCAACCUAUCACGGCUCUCAGCAUCGGAACAAACAUUAUGUGGGCGCUGAACACGAUUUUGAUGACACGAGUCUACCUCAACCUCCAGUGGCUUGCCAAAGGACCUACACUUGGAGGGGAUACCACCGACCUGACGACUUUUGCGUCGCCACUUGGUCGUGGGACAGACGGGCACCCCAUCCGACCCAGAAACUCGAUCCAUUUUCGUGUUCCGCAUCUUACCACAACGUUUGGUCAAACCACCGUCAUGACGCAGACAAUCUUUUUGACCUUGGAACCGAGCCCGCACCGUUGCGGAGCGCAGUUUACGGAGUGGAGCUUCGUACUGUCAAAGAGGACGAAGAUGUGCCACAUUCUCUGGGAAUUGCACGAGGAGAUUGAGGCGUUACGCACGCGUGUCAGGCAAUUGGAAGGAGCUCUGGCCGAGUUGCAAGCUCAACUUACACCGGAGCCUCAUCCAUUACUCCAGAAAUCGUUGAACAUGGUCUCUACAGCCCUUGGGCCAGCUGAAUCUCAUUCGGGCAAAGAAAAUUCGGAAGCAGAAGACGAGAGUCUCAUCGAUACCUUUGGGAGGUUGAAUCUCGAGCCAAACGGGCAGACCAUUUGGUACGGUCCACAGGCUGGCUCCCGCUUCUACAUCCCGAGGGAUGAAUCUGAGGAAAAUGCUGUAUCUGCACUUCCGGUCGACCUCAUGGUACUCAGCCGACUGUUCCCUCUCGGAGCGACAACCAUAUCAGAAGCCGAAGAUAUUGUUCGACAGCAGGUCAAGAGAUAUAUCCCUCCAGAAAAGGAGGUAACUGAGAGCAUCUACUCCCACCAUUCUAACCUCAAUUGGUCGGCUGAAGACGUGCCACCCAAAUGGGCAAGGUUCCGUGAAACCACGAUAAAACCGAUAUACUCCCCAGGGAGUCAACCUACAGAUGCCCAAUUGGCUGUCUUCUUCCUAGAAUAUGCCGUAUCAUUGAUACUGGAUCCAAGGCGCCAACCUGACUAUGCAGAGGCAGAUAGAUAUCAUCAUCUGUCGAAAAUAUGCAUAAGCCUGGGAAAAGACUUGCUUAUAUCUUGCACCCUCGAAGUCAUCGGAUACUUGCAACUUCUCACCUACUACUAUAGCUUUACAAACGAUGUGAACAGCCAGAAUAAAGCUUGGAUCACGGGUAGCCUGGCCAUACGACUGGCCGAGAUGGGAGGGCUUCACCGUGAAAACCCGAGAUGGAAUCUCGAUUCAGAGAUUAUCGAGAGACGACGACGUACAUGGUGGGAGCUUGUGUCGCUGGAUACCGUACGAUCUCUAGAAUUAGGGCGUCGAAGGGCUAUCAACGUUGACCACUUUGAUACAAAGAUGCCGCACGACCCAGAAGAUGAGGGUGGAGAGCCUACUUUCAGCCGUGUACGAUUCAAAUAUAUGGCAGCGUCACUAGGAGCCAUUCUAGACGAAGCGUUUCGAGUCAAGCCGCCUUCUUACGCCAGAACUCUUCAGCUUGACAAGGAAAUCCGUGACUGGCCUCUGCACAAGCAAUCUAUAAACGAAAUCCCCAUGCCUCGUCCAGAGGAGAUUAAUCAAAGGCUGAUUGGGCGUUUGAUGAUAUCGUUCGCUAUUACAAAAUUUAGCGAGAUCGGGCUCGUUUACCUUCAUCGACGCUACUUCAUCGAGGCAUUGACGCGGUAUCCACACGAGCCAUUACGGAGCAAAUAUGCCAUUAGUGUGAUAGCAGUCUAUCGUAGCUCUAUACUGAUUCUUCAGGCUCUUCGCAAGGUCGAGUCGGUGGCUGGUGCACUGCUCCCCAGAGUCUUUACGAUGGGGCAACAUGGAUUGUCUGUCUAUAUCUGUCUUUGCGCCCUCGUUAUCAAGAGUCCCGGGUGCUCGCUUUCCAGAUCAUGUCUGGUAGAGAUUGAUGCAGGGAAAGAUCUCUUUCUGCGAAUAGCAGCUUAUGGUGCACCUUCUGCUCCGUCUAUCGUUGCGAACCUUCAUGCACAGGCCCACCAUUCGAUGGAAUUAUAUAUGAAGGGCGAAUGGUCAUCGAAUGUGGGAACUGUGUCCGACCAAGACGUCCUGACAUUCGCCGGACGCCCAGGUGUACUCUCAGUCAAGGCGCGAACCAAGCAGGAUUCGACGUCAACUUCGACUCCAGACUCCAACGCACCGGAAUCUUCGAUCACAAAUGCCGCUCAUCCGCUCCUCCUAGAAUAUCUUAUGCGUAUUCAGGACGCACAAGCUACACCAGAUAAGUCUCAUCAGUCGGUGCCGAGCGACUCCAUACUCUUCGGCCUGCCUGCUGAUCAUGACAACCUACUUCCCUUUACUUCGAGCGCCCAAUGGCCCACGGGUCAAGCACCAGCGGAGGACCUAUCCUUUGCCUUGCCAAAUCCCAUCAGCGCCCCGAGCAGUGGGUCAGUAGCGAACCCUAGGCAGUCACGCUUCCAGGGAUCCGAACUCCCUAAUCGUGCGGAUAGCGAAUCAGUGGAUGCUUCAGCCAACGCCUCGAUAUGGCCCUAUGUCAAUUAUGAGGUACCCACAACAUCUCCUCAGCAACAACCUUCUGGAGACAACUUUUGGCAGAUGUUCUUGAGCGACCUAGAUAUGAUGCCAUUUGGUAGUGAUGGACAUGCUUAA